GGGCGCUGUGCUUUCGUGCUUUUCAUACCCCAGUUUUUAUUUAUCUCUUUAGUUUCCUUUGCUCAGGGGAGUCUUUUUUGUCUUAUAUUAUUUUCGGGUUCCCCCGUUAGCGUCGCCCCGUCGCGUACGCCCGUGCCCCGCCAAGAGAGCAUCUUCGCGCAGCGACCGAGCAACUUUUCGCGUCGUGAUAGUGUGGACAUGAGGGCCGACGUUAGUGGAUAAAAGGAACCGACGAACAACUGCUGCGAACGACACCGGACCUACCUUUUCGGCGACUCGCCGCUUUUUUUUUUUUUAAUUCCCCCCGGAUACCGACAGUCCGGAUACAACGAGGACAACAUGAUUGCCGGCGGGAUAAAGAUAGACGGCUCCUGGGAGCUGCACAUCUACGUGACUGACCUCAAGAUUGAGCGCAAGCUGCGUGUCAAGGGUGACACGCACAUCGGCGGCGUCAUGCUCAACCUCGUCGAGUCUCUCAACGUUCCGACGGACUGGUCGGACCACGCCCUGUGGUGGCCAGAGCAGAACACAUGGCUCACCCGCACCAAGUCCACGCUGGACCAGUGCGGGGUCAUGGCCGACGCCCUGCUUCACUUUACGCCGAUGCACAAGACCCUGCGCAUCCAGUUCCCGGACCUGAGGAUCAUGGACGUGCGGACCGACUUCUCCGUCAAGACCUUCUCCUCUGUCGUCAAGGUCUGCAAGGAGCUCGGCAUCCGGCACCCCGAGGAGCUGUCCUUCUGCCGCCCCCUGGUGGGGGAGCACCUCAAGCGCAACUACCGGGCGGUGGGCUGCAGUCCCCGGCAGAGGCCCAAGGAGGGCACGGACAGCAUCAACCUCAACCGCAGCAAGGCCGGCGACAGCAACGGGACCCUGGACGGACCCCUCGCCGCCCCCCUCAACUCGAGCACCACGACCCACUGGAACACGACGAUGGCACACAACGGGACGCUGCCGGGCCUGAAUGGGAGCUUCCUGUCCCCAGACGGCAGCUUCCUGUCCCAGUACGAAUUGCCCCUGGCCCAGAGCCCCAACCGGCCGGCCCAGGAGAUCAAGGCGGCCCUGCUCCGGCCAAAGACCCUCGUGGAACGGGCACGCCUCAAUGCAGGGUGGCUGGACUCGUCGCUGUCCCUGAUGGAGCAGGACGUGCGCGAGUUCGACCUGCUCCAGCUGCGCUACAAGUUCUACAGCUUCUACGACCUGAACCCCAAGAAGGACGCUGUGCGCAUCAACCAAAUCUACGAGCAGGCCAAGUGGGCUCUGCUUACUGAGGAGGUGGACUGCACCGAGGAGGAGAUGAUGCUCUUUGCAGCCCUCCAGCUCCAGGUGAACAUGCAGGCCAACAGCUCUCAGCCCGACUUCUCGAGGGGCGAGGACGACAUAGACGCUGCCCUGACGGACCUCCAGGUGUCGCUGGAGGGCACCCUGCUCACCAACGAGACGUCCAACAUCACCCAGGUGCCGGAGCUGCACAGCUACCUGCGCUUCCUCAAGCCCAAGCGCUUCACCCUGAAGGGCUUCAAGCGCAUGUUCUUCAUCUUCAAGGAGACACGCAUGUGUGUCUACAAGUCGAGAGAGGAGUAUGAGAGUGGAGGCAGCCCCAGCUACGUCAUCAACCUCAAAGGGUCCGAGGUGACACCAGACGUGUACCUGGCCCAGGGCAAGUACGGGAUCCGCCUGGAGGUGCCCGGCCCCGAGGGAAUGACCGAGUACUGGCUUCGCUGCGAGACGGAGGACCAGUACGCCCAGUGGAUGGCGGGCUGCCGGCUGGCGGCCAAGGGCAAGACGAUGGCGGACGCGUCCUACGACGCCGAGGUCAGCUCGAUCCAGCAGUUCCUGCAGCUGCAGCGCCCGGCCCCGGCCCCUGCCUUGGCCCCCUCCGAGCUCAACAUUGAGGUGGAGGACUUCGUGGCACCCCGCUUCCUCAAGAAGCUCAAGACCAAGCAGGCCAUCACUCAGCGCAUCGUGGAGGCACACGGCAACGUGAAGGACCUCUCCCUGGUGGACGCCAAGCUGAGCUUCAUCAAGGCCUGGCAGGCGCUGCCAGAGUUUGGCAUCUCCCUCUUUGUCGUGCGCUUCUCUGGCAGCAAGAAAGAGGAGCUGCUUGGAGUGGCCUUCAACCGGCUCAUGCGCAUGGAGCUGUCCACUGGCGACCACAUCAAGACGUGGCGCUUCAACACCAUGAAGGCCUGGAACGUCAACUGGGAGGUGAAGCAGAUGAUGGUGCAGUUUGAGGAGGAGCCCCACGUGGCGUUUGCCUGUCUGAGCGCCGACUGCAAGACGGUGCACGAGUUCAUCGGGGGCUACAUCUUCCUCAGCAUGCGCUCCAAGGACCAGAACCAGGCACUCAACGAGGAGCUUUUCCACAAGCUCACCGGGGGCUGGGUCUGAGGGUCACCGGGGGGCAUUGUCUGCCUCCCUAUUCGAGGGAGGCCUGCUGCGGAAGCCCGUCUCUCCGGCGGCGGCCAUUUGCUCCACAUUUGAGGACGCAAUUACCGCGUCCUCAAAUGUGGAGAAAGGCCCAUAAAAUUUCGUGAAACGUAAUCGUAACGAAACUAUACAUCGGCUUGCCGUUAGCAUUUCAAGAGCCACAGACGUGUGGGCCUCUUUACGGAGGUAGGGCACUGGAGUUUGAAAUCGAGGUAAGCCUGCUUCGUCUUACACCAACAGAUUAAAAUCGGAAGUUCUUGUUUCAAGAAUUUUUAAUAGUCAGUUUUUUAUAGUCUUUAUGACGACAAUUCGGUGCUUGGAUGCGGCAAACGGCCGCUCGCACAGAGACGUGCUUCCAAGUUUGUUUUUACGGUCGGUGCUUCCAGACGGAGGGCGGCACGGCAGACGACACUUGGGCAGUCGCAGAUUUGCGCUCCCGGCUCGCCCUGUUUUGGGUCGGAGCCGAGGGCACGCAUUGCGACGUAGUUGUUCGCGUCGAGGCUCGAGAAUGCGCCGUGGAAGGGCUCGGGUCCACUCGUUUAUACCAUAGACGCCGCUCAGAACGAACUGCCCAGAGCACCUUUCGCCAAGUGCAGUGCCGAGAGGAGGUCGCGAGAAUCAUGUGCCAAAGAUUUCGCCGAGGGUACGCCAAAUAUCUCGAGAUUGCGGCUGCUCGGCAUGCGGACGAAGCAAAGAGACGACGAUUCGAGACAGAGAUAUCUUAGUAGAAAACUCUCAAAAACGGUAACGCAAGGUGCGAGGACAUAACCUUGCAUGGGCGUUGUCGCGACCGGUACGCGUACCAACGGCAGCGCUAUGGCAGUCGGCGUUCGGCGGCGUCAGAGGAAAAAACGAGUAGGUCCUGUGUCUUCGACGGCGCUCGGUUUGUCGGCGUGGUGCAGUAGUACUUGUCUUCCGCGCAGCCUUGUUUUUACGUUUUGCAAGGUGUCGCGGUGACAUUGUUGGAGCGUCACGGGAGAGCGCAGACAUUUUGGGUUGUCGGAAUGCGUACGAAAGAGCACCGGAAAACAUGUUCAAAUGUGUCCGAAAAGACCGGUUGUUUUGGAGCGGGGAGACGAAUGUCGGAAAGUCACGAGUGCAAAGAGCCGGAUACUGCCCAAACCUCGGUUGGAGCUCGCGCAAGUUUUUUCUGUGGGACUCCGUACGUCCGGGAAGACUAACUUCGGGUUUGCUAGUUAUCCUUCCAAAAACAGGAUUUUAUGGUGACAGCUGGUUACCGAAAAACCGGUCAAUGUCAUUUCAGAGCCGACCGACGUCAGUUUGUAGCCAGCCCAUACCCGUUUUCAGCCGAUAUUGUGCCAGUUCGAUGUCCCAACUAGUGCCGAUGCCGCUUCUUCGGCCCGCGAAGCAACACAGUGGGGGGCUUUGCCCGCAUUUCAAGUUACCACACCCCAAAUCAAAGACCGAUGUUUCAAUGGUUCAUCGGUCGCCGCCCUUGCAGGGUUGUGGACGCGCGCAAAUUUCAGGCCAUUUUGCGAAGCUCGCUAUGCAAUGUCUUACCUCCUUUGUCGUGUGCCUCGGCUUUUACAUGGUGCAUACGCUGCGGCCGCCUUUCUCUUUCGCCGCACGAUCCUCCGCAUUUCAUCUACUCUCAGGGCGAGAAACGGUCGCAUUUUGCGGUGUUUGUUAGUUUUAGAGGGCAAUGAGGGGCUACUCAAAACUGUUGCACGUCCAGUAAGACAUGUGCGCUUGAUAAAAAAAAUGUUUUGUCUAUUCUCCCGUUUUUGGGGAGCUUUUAUUGCCCUACUUUUAAUUUCUCCUUGCUAUAGCGCUACCUGUGGCUACGGACGAUCGUUGAAAUACCUCGAGCCUCACACGAUGCAGGAUUGUUGGUUGGAUAUUCGGAGAUGCGUGAUAUCAACCGCACAAUAAAAACAGUUAAUUUCUCAGAGUUUUGCCAUGACAUUCAAUUUUCUUUUGCAUUUUUCAUGGGCGCAUCCAAUAAGAUAGAACCCCUUCUGCCUUGGUUAGUGUGUUAUAUAAUAUUUUUAUGACUCAUAGUUUUAAUUUUUUAGGCCUAAACGGCUAUGCUUGGCAGUGCAGUGAUAUGCAAGUGCUCCUGCGACAGACGAGCAGUGUAAAUACGUUGGGAAAUGUCAAAGUCAUUGAUAACAACGAAGAUGAUCUGCGUCGUGGCGCAGAAUCUACCUGAAAGAUGGUGUCUACUCUGCUGUUCCUAAACUCCACUCUUGCCAUCAGCUUUAUGAUAAACGCCCCCGUGCCAUGUCUAACCUUGCUGCAAUUGCAGAAUUUUCUGUGGUGCUAUCGGUAGCGCAUACGGCCAAGCGAGAUGCACCAAAUCACUAAACAUAUGCUUGAUGAGAUUUUUUUUUUUUUUUUAUGUCUAUUACAUGUACGCUGAAAACUAUGCAUUAAAAACAAAAGAAGUAGACCGUCGCACCGCGCGCCGUUUACAUGCCAUACGCUUCUGAACGAUCGACCGCCAUAGGCUUACUUACAUUGUGCCCGACGAGACUGAAUUUUAGUCCUGGCACGUGCGAUGAUGUGGGCACGCAUCACACAUGUAUUCUCAACAUGAUCAAAUUUUUAGGUGUGCGAGGCAGCCUGCAGGCUGAUGGCAGUGCCAUUGGAAUAACCUCGUUAAUGCCGUAAACGUGGAAGAGGUGUUUUUCAACUGUUGACUAACUGCCACUCUUGUUCCUGUUGCUGUUGUGAAAUGCGUGGCUUCAUCGAACGAGCGAUGUUUCGUGGCCACGUCGGGACUUUUUCUUUUUUUGUUCUCCAAGUGCCUUUUUGACAGCAUUUCUAAGUAUGAUGAUGUUAAUACCCAAAUACACUCGUGAGCUCUGUUCUCAUCCCCUUAUUUAAGAAUAAAAGUCGGCUCUCCAUGUCUUCUGA